CAUCAACUUGAAAACGGUACGAUCAGUUCAUGUCGACGUGCGGUCGAGUCUACAUAACACGUCUUUUCUACAAGAGAAUCAUAUCCUAACCGCGAAUAUCGUUUGAUCAUUCUAUCGAGAGUUUAUCGCGGCUUCUGGUGAAUUAUGUUGUGAUUUGGUUAUUAAUGGCAUCGGUAUUAGUGAGUGGUGAACAUUUGAUUGAGGGAAUUAGGUGGGUCUGAGUGGAUUGUCCGGAUAGUUUCCAUUUGUAUUGGCUUGUGCUGUUUACUUGCCUUUCUCCCUGGUGGCCGUCACAAGGUAUCGCCGAUUUAGUACCGCAUCUACUGGGCACGACAGAUUAACUCAACCGGUGCUGGAGACCCACUGAUAAUUUCAUUUGUCACUCGUCUCACUUUUCUUCUGACCCUUCGAUUUUUUCGUAAAGGGUGGCGAGAGGUCACAGCUGACGUCACCCGGGGGUUUAUCACCGCUGCUGAAUAGCUCCGGCACAAUGGACAUUAGAAAGAACUUCAAGGACAUAGGAUGGCCGAUUCACGCGGCUUCAAGUCAAUAGAUCCGCUUUGGAGUGGAGGUCCCCCCCUGGAUCCCGAGUACGAGGAGGUGACGGGUGCAGCGGGUUCCCUAGAUCGUAAAAAUCCAAUAACGGAGUCCCUGGAGCGAUCACGAAAGAAGCGCAAAGUCCUUCAGGAGGAGGCAGGAUUGCGCCCAGCAAGUGUACGCAGUCGUGAAGAUCUACGAUCACGAAGAAAUACGGAGGAGAAGUUAACGGGAACAAGUGAUCACAAUCCCCGUGAGCCCUUUGGCUUCAGAGUGGAGGAGCAAUAUGCGGUGCGUGGAUUUUACGGUGACAAUGUCCAAGGUGGCCCAUACGAGGCAUCAGCUUUCAAGCUGACGAGGGGACACAGCACUGGAAGAUAUCCCCAGUCAACAGCUGAGCAUCAUCAUCAUUACUACUAUCCUGGCAGUGUGAGACAACUUGGUGCAAGACCAGCUCCACGUCAUUAUUAUUAUCCACGUGGUGUAUUCAGUAAUGAGACGCAGGAAGAAAUACAGGAGGACGAUGAAGCUACUCUCAGGGAGUUGCUCAUAAGUCUGCAGAAACAGGUCAGCGUGAUGAGUAUGAACUUGAGUGCCAAGCUGGAUGAGCUGCAGCGGGGUGACCGCCAGCUAGAAACUACUGUAGCUCUGUGUGAGAUUCGUACGCAACUUCAGGAGCUCACUAAAAGUGUUGAGUCUUGUCAGAGCGAGGUCAGCGAGGUCAAACGUGAUAUGGUGGCGAUUAAGAGUGUUAUUCUUGUUGCUUGUGUCGUGCAGCACGAGCUCGACACUGUGCAGCAGGUGAAGGAGGAAAUCGAAGAGCUGAGGGAAUAUGUGGACAGGUUGGAGGAACACUCGCAUCGCAGAAAACUCAGGCUCCUGCAACAGGGGCUGACGUUUUUCCUGGCGUAUGCGAUAUUCGCUGCGGUUCUGGGGAUGCUGCAGUUUGGUUACAACACUGGAGUGAUAAAUGCACCGUCAGGGCAAAUUGAGAGUUUCAUGAGAGAUGUGUAUAAAGACAGAUAUGGUGAUGACAUGUCGGAAAAGUCUGUUAAGAGGUUGUUCUCAUUGGCAGUUAGUAUAUUUGCUAUUGGGGGUAUGGUCGGUGGUAUUAGCGGGGGCGUUAUAGCCAACAGAUUUGGCAGAAAAGGGGGCUUACUGUUGAACAACAUGCUGGGCAUCGUGGGGGCAUGCCUUAUGGGUUUUACGAAAGUAGCCCACUCAUACGAGAUGCUAUUCUUGGGUCGUUUCGUAAUUGGUAUUAAUUGUGGAUUAAAUACAUCAUUGGUACCCAUGUACAUAUCGGAGAUAGCGCCAUUGAAUUUGAGAGGCGGCCUGGGCACGGUAAACCAGCUCGCUGUUACGGUGGGCCUUCUAAUCUCCCAGGUGUUGGGAAUUGAGAAGAUACUCGGUACAAAUGACCGUUGGCCGAUAUUACUGGGUCUUGCUGUUGUUCCUGCUAUUGCCCAACUUGUGUUACUACCAAUUUGUCCAGAAUCCCCGAGAUAUUUGCUCAUUACAAAGCAGUGGGAGGAGGAGGCACGUAGGGCUUUGAGAAGGUUAAGGGGUAGUAACCAAGUUGAGGAGGACAUAGAUGAAAUGAGGGCGGAGGAAAGGGCUCAACAGGCUGAGUCGACAAUUAAAAUGAGUGAGCUUAUAUGCAGUCCAACGCUCAGGGCACCUCUUGUUAUUGGUGUGGUCAUGCAACUCUCUCAGCAACUUUCUGGUAUCAAUGCUGUGUUUUAUUACUCCACCCAGUUAUUCCUGAAUGCUGGAUUGACUGAGGAGAGGGCAAAAUUGGCCUCAAUCGGUAUCGGUGCGAUAAUGGUGAUAAUGACCCUAGUAUCAAUACCGUUAAUGGACAGAACAGGAAGAAGAACCCUCCACCUGUACGGUCUCGGUGGAAUGUUUAUAUUUUCCAUAUUCAUUACAAUUUCAUUCCUCAUCAAGGAAAUGAUUGGCUGGAUGUCGUAUCUGUCGGUUGUCUCGACACUCAGCUUUGUCGUAUUCUUCGCUGUGGGACCUGGCUCAAUACCAUGGAUGAUAACAGCUGAAUUGUUCUCACAAGGACCUAGACCAGCCGCUAUGUCAAUCGCUGUACUUAUCAAUUGGAUGGCUAAUUUCGUUGUUGGCAUUGCUUUUCCAAGCAUGAUGGCUGUUCUCGACAAUUACACAUUCCUGCCGUUCAGUGGAUUCCUCGCUGUUUUCUGGAUAUUCACCUACAAGAAAGUGCCAGAAACCAAGAACAAGACAUUUGAGGAGAUCCUGGGGCUGUUCAGGCACGGCCAUGACAGGAGCAGCUUGCGGGACAGCAGACUUUAUGGGACCAUGCUAAACUGUACGAAUGCAUUAGAGGGACACAUACCACCGGCAGAGAGUGCAGCCCUCAUGGUGGCAGAGGAGAAGCCCCAUCCUGAUUCAUUUGUUUUUGCAGCUGGAUCAGAACGCUCUUCCAUCGCUCCCGCUCAACCGGAAAGAGCACCGCCCCCGCUUCCCCCGCCACGCUUUCCGAACAGCGGUGUCUGACAAUGGGAAACUCCUCUUAAUAUUGGCAACUUUAUGAUAAUGAGUAUACCACUGCUACUCACCACCAACAGUCUGACAAUGGAGAAUCACCUGUACGAAAUAAUAACAGAGCGUAGCAAAGCGUGCGCCACAUUUCUUCGUAAGAGUUUGCGUCGUACUGCUAAUGCCCCUAUCUCAUGGAAUGUCGGCCUUCCGGAAAUUCAAGAAGCUCUGUGUGGACCAACUUCCGUGAGCUGUAUUGAACAGAUAUGAGAGAAGGAAAAAAAAAAUAAUCCAACAUUGUACCGAGAUAACUUUCUAUAAGUACUAAUCGAAGUAGAAGAAAAUCUGUUAACGCAAGUAUGCAAAUAAUUUUCCUUAAGAAAAAAAAA